UUCUUGUUUGUUUGUACUUGCAGUCUUGCAGUUGUGGAAGCACAGGCCCGAAAUGCUUCUCUGGUCAUCAGUUUCAGGGGAGGUUCAAAAGCCAUGCCCUGAAGCAAGGAAGUCCGAGUUAUUGAAAAGAAAUUAGAGAGCAAGGAAUUGUCAUCCAUCACUAUGAAAAACAACAUCCUGUGAGUUAGUUUGAAGCUUUGUGCCUCAUCACUUUCUUCGGAUAAGCUGUGCUCCAAGCACUCCUGAGGAAAGCUGGUGUCCUUGGGGAAGCAUGGCCUUGCGUGGUUGGAAGUGGCUCCUCCUCUUGGGCAGGCAGAACACCCUUGCCAGGGUGUGGAGAAACAGGAGGGGUGGCCCCUCUUUGUGCUGGCAGCGCUGCUGCCACUGGAGCGCAGGCAAGUCUCUGGACCCCGAGGUGAGAGCGUUUUUGGAGGAGAACACCGAGGUCACCAACAGCGGGCACCUCACGCCAGAGAUCCGGCUGCGCCUCCUCACCCCCCGCUGCAGGUUCUGGAGAGAAAAACCUGACCUGUGGCCUUAUGGGGACCCGUUCUGGGCAAUUUACUGGCCAGGAGGCCAAGCCCUCUCCAGGUAUAUUUUAGAUAAUCCACGUGUGGUUAAAGGGCGAUCAGUUCUGGAUCUUGGAAGUGGAUGUGGAGCAACAGCAAUAGCUGCUGUGAUGAGUGGUGCAUCCCAAGUCCUUGCCAAUGACAUUGACCCUAUUGCAGGAAUGGCAAUGAUCUUGAACUGUGAACUGAACCACCUGAAUCCCUUUCCCAUCACCAUUAAGAACAUCAUUAAUUCAGAGGCUGGCAACUGGGACCUCAUAGUUCUAGGAGAUAUGUUUUAUGAUGAACAACUUGCUGAUGGUCUGCAUCACUGGUUGCAGAAGUGCAUCAGGAUUCACCAGACUGAAGUGCUGAUUGGUGACCCUGGCAGGCAUCAGUUUUUAAGCCACAGCAUUCACAGUCAGCUGCACAAAGUUAUAGAAUAUUCACUGCCUGAGUCUACGAGACAAGAAAACUACGGGCUAACAUCAAGCAUUGUCUGGAGUUAUCAGCCCUCAAACAGCUUAGAUGAUUCUUGAAGCUGUCUUUCUAUGGGAUUCUGUCUUUCUUGAUUGGCUUUUUGCAGGUAUAUAACAUGAAAAUGGGAAUUAAACAGGGAACAUUAUCUGUUAAAGUAAAGCAGCUUACUGUACCUUCACUGGACUGAUUUCAGUCAUACUCAACUGAGGCUUUUGCUCAAUUUGAUGUAAAAGCUACAUGCAAACUGUAUUCAAAGGGGCCUGCACUGAAGUGCACAUCUACAGACAACUUACAUGUAGGAGUUUGCAUGCUUGAUGUUUCCCAUGUGUAUUUGUGUCUUGCUGACAUUACUGUGAAAUAUUUUGGAUGUCCAGCAUGCUGCUGUGGGGAGAGGGUUGUGACUGAAGGACUACUGCAUUGUUUCCACAGGCUUCUGCAGCUUAUUUAUAGAAAAUUUGUAAAUACAGAAAAUUAUUGCUGUCCUCCAUAAAAUUCUCCACUAGAUUUUUAGCUCAUAAUAUGCUCAACUUGAAGUGCCUUGCUCUUUUUCUGGUUAUCUCUUCUGAAUGUUAAAGUAAUUAAUUUAAAUCUCCCCCUUUCCCUCUGUAAUGAAAAUUUCCUCUUCCUUGAAA